AUGACCUCCCUCCGCAGCCUGACCCGGGCGUCCACCCUGCCGUUCACCUCCUUUCGUUUCUCUCCUCUAGCAUACCUCUACAGACCUCACAGCACAUCCUCUGCAGCCCCUCAAUGCCCUCCUGAUGCCAGCCAACCAUCCAACCCCCUUCCCAAGUCCUCCAGCCUCAACAUCAACACCCACAAACAAAACCCCUCCUUCUACGCCGCCAUCUCCCACAUCCUCACCCUCCGCCAGAAGUACAUCCGCGACCGAGCCCUCUUCAUCGAAGGCAAAACCCUCGCGCCCCUCCUCCUCCAACUCGGCGCCAACCCAACAGACCUGCAAACCCUCCCCCACAUAAACAACACCAACACCUCCGAUCCCACCCUCCCCUUCCGCAAAUCCCGCAACGCCCGCUUCUCCCUAAACACAACCACCCGCACCGCAACCCGCCUCGAGCACCAACCCUUCACCCUCUCAACAACAGAAGACUUCAUCCGCCACGACAGCGACACAAUCCGGCACUUCGACGAGGUGGCCCCAGCCCUCCAAACCAACAGCAUCUUCCAAGCCCUGCUGCUCUUCAAAACGCUCAUGAUCCACGGCGUGCACACCACGCCCCGCCCAGGCCUAAACUACACCUCCCACGCCGGCCACUGGGUCUGCACGCUCUUCGCGCUGCGCACGGUCACGACGCCUUCCCUCCUCGGCGAGCCAGCGCUCGAAGGCGUGCACGCCGACGGCGUCGACCACACGAUGACGACGUUCCUGAAGGCGGAUAACAUGGCGCGCGGGAGCGCCGCGACGUUCCUGCACGAGAUGGACGAGGAGACGGGGAUUGAGCUGGGGCGUAUCUCGCCGGGGUAUGUGCGUGGGUGGGCGGCGCAUGCGGCGUUCUUGGAUACGUUGUUGCUGGUGGAUCAUGAGGUUAAGCAUAGUCUUUCGGCUGUGAGGGCGGUUGAUGCGGGAAAGGAGGCGUACCGGGAUAUGUUGAUUUUUUUUACGAGGAGGCCGGCGCUAGGCGCGCAUGUUUCGGGCGCGAUUGAUAGUUUGAGGCCGCAUCGGACGAUGCCGAUGGAGGUGCAGCUGUUUGUGCCAUGA